AUGGAAAAAUUGUCUAAAGCGGGAAAAAGUAUGUACAUGAGUGGUUAUUUUGGGGUUGCAACCAUAGUACUUGAGGUUGUAGCAUCUUCAGACUUUUGGAUAUGGCAUGCGUUUUUUGGAGUUUCUGGUUCAAAUAACGACAUCAAUGUGUUAGACCGUUCACUAGUGUUCGAUGAUAUUCUAAAUAACCAUGCUCUGGAGGUAAAUUAUAUUAUUAAUAGUAAUAAUUAUACUAUAGAAUACUAUUUAGUAGAUGGUACUUAUCAUGAAUGGGCCACAUUUGUCAAAUCAAUCUCAAAGCCAGAAGGAGAGAAACAUAAGUUAUUUGUACAAUACCAAGAAGGACAAAGAAAAAAUGUGAAGCGAGCAUUCAGAGUGUUGCAAGAAUGCUAUGCAAUUAUACGUGGUCCAGCGCACUUUUGGGAAAAGAAGAAGUUUGCAAACAUAGUGAGAGCUUGUAUUAUAUUUCAUAAUAUGAUUGUUGAGGAUGAAAAAGACACUUAUGCAGGAAAUUUUGCUCAAGACUUAGAGUAUGACAAUGUCGAAAAUGGCUUAUCACAACCUUAG